AUGGGGUACAAGUCUUCGCGCUUGGAACAGGAUGAUACUCCACCCUGGAUGCCGGGCAUGGAGUUUCCCAGCAUCUGUGCUGAGUCUUCGUUGCUAACGUUCCAGCCGCAGACUGCGCCGGAGCCCGUAAUACAGAGGAUCAAAAUGCAAAGCGGUAAAACCAACCGCGAGGCGUUAUUACUAGAAUUGAAAGCUCAAGAUGCUGACCCGUUAAACUCUCCUCUCCUCAACGUCAGCACCAUAGCACGAGGCGAGCUGCGCGAACAAGAUACUGAGCUACUAGAGGCACUCCCCCUUAUCUGGGAGAGGUCGGACCGCCUAGAUACACUCGAGAUCGACGUUGGCAAUGCCACUGCUCUCGCCGUGGACUAUCUGGUGCAUCUGAGACAACUCCCCGUCUGGACCCUCCGAAACCUGCGAAUUGUUGGGCCACGAAAUGGCCCAGAUCGAAGGCCAGCCUUGGGAAUUCUAGACGACGGAGCGCAAGUACUUCGAGCCGCUCGCUUUCUAGGAUGCGGUCUUCCACUCUCCACGGCCGUGAAAUACAACACAUUGGAACGGCUCUUGAUCACCCACACAAUGAUCACCUUGUCGGCUUUUGUGCCCCGCGGCUUCGGCCACCUAACAUAUCUCCUGCUAGCGGGACGCAUCGUACCCGAAACGCCCAAAGUCCAGAGACUCACCUUUCCUGCCCUUCAGGAAUUGGUCCUUCAUCUCGCGAAGAACACGGCUGAUGUGCUCGGAGCAAUCGACGCUCCCGAACCGUCGCGGCUCCAGAUCGUAGACAUGAAUGUCUUCGACGCGAACGAUCUGCAGUGUUUCGUGAAGGCGCUCACUUCCUCGCAGAAGAAAUCACGCAAGGUGUAUGCACUCUGGCUCGAUAUACGAUACGACAAGAACGUUGCCGGGAGAUCGAAUUCUGAUUCCUCCGAGUGGCAAGCGCAACCUGAUGAAUUCCGAAAGUUCUUAACUUUCCUUCCUGAGUUGCAAAAGCUAGUGAUCUGCGGACCAAAUGCAGACGAUUGCGCGCCAUACUUUGCGCCGCGCAACGAGUACUCCAACAGCUCUGGUAGCAUCGUGUCCAAAUUGCGAAGUCUGACGUUUCUUCACUCCUCCAAAGCAUCGAUGAAGACACGAACGCGCUUGAGCGGCUUCGACUAUUUCACCGGUCUGAAUUGGGCGAAGGGGCUUAUCUGCCUCACGCGUCCAGACCAACAGAAGCGGUGGAAGCCCGAGAGGUGGAGCUGGCGUGCUAUAUGCCCCAUUGGGCAGCAAAUGAAGAACGUCCGGGCAGAUAAGUCACACAGUUCCAAGCCAAAAACAGAAUCAGACAGAAUCAGCAUCGCGAAGGUGGCAAGCUUCGAGGCGCUUUCCACAAUGAUGAUGCUGCGCUCAGAAUCACCCGGUCUGGGGCAAGGAAACGUUGCUCGUGGUCUGAAGGCCGCCAUCUCCAACCCCAACAACUCAGAGGAGGCGAAGGAGCGCGCAUCCGAGAGACUGCAGGAAUUGCAGGACGCCGGACAUCUCGACUCGCGUGAGGCGCACGACGCGAACGUCGCCAUUGGCCACAAGGCCGCCAUCUCCAACCCGAACAUCUCCGAGGAGGCCAAGGAGCACUCUGCUCAGGUCCUCGAAGACAUGGAUCAGGAGUGA